AUGACUGUGAAACAAUAUUAGGAUGGAGCUUAUUAGUAUUAUAAUUUACAGUGCAACUCUAAGUCAUUGGAUAACAAGGCCAUGGGAUGUUUAAACAACAAGGUAAAACAGUCUCAUUAGAUUAAUUUCAUAGAGCCUGAGCCAUGGUGUCAAUGUAUAUCUAAUGUAAUUGAAGCUUUGAUGUUACUCUCCUUGAUAAAAUAAUAACAUCUAUUUGUCUUAAGCGAGAAUAAUUUGUAGAAAUUUGAUGAAAUGCAUAUACAAAAAAUCAACAUUAAAUUACUUCUAAAUGCAACUAAAGUUGUAUCCUUGGAUAUUAAAUGUAUUAUGGCAGUUGUGCAUUUUUGCUUACAAUUUUGA